AUGACCACUCCAAGUUUAAUGUCUGUGGAAAAUGGAACAGAUGGAUAUAAGGCCAACAAUUUUACUGGACAAAUAAAAGAGAAAAACAAUGGAAACAUGACCACUCCAAGUUUAAUGUCUGUGGAAAAUGGAACAGAUGGAUAUAAGGCCAACAAUUUUACUGGACAAAUAAAAGAGAAAAACAAUGGAAACAUGACCACUCCAAGUUUAAUGUCUGUGGAAAAUGGAACAGAUGGAUAUAAGGCCAACAAUUUUACUGGACAAAUAAAAGAGAAAAGACCAGCUGAUGAUUUGAUUCAACAACAUCAUUAUCAAGCAGAUAAAUCAACAUCAGAAAAUCAAUCCCAAGUUACCUUGAAUGAUUGUGUUUAUUGGAAGUCAUUAAUAAUACCAGCAUGUUUACCAAUAACAACUGAUUAUUUUCCUGGUAAAAAAAACUUGACAGGAUGA